ACGCCUUAAUAUAGGUCGGCGUUCAGUUCAACGCGGCUGACAGACGACGACGAUUCAACCGUCCGCCAAGCGGCCCAAACCCACCAAGCCCACCGCCAAUCCAGACCCGCGCACCCUCACCACCGGCGGCGACCAUGGCGACGACCAAGGACCCCGCUGUCACCGGCGGCGAGCCCGCCAUCGGCAUCCCGUACGAUCCCGCGGCGGCGGCCCAGGGGCAAUACUACUACGCGCCGCCGCCGAACCCCUACGCGGCGGGGAUGCCGCCGCCCAACGCGAUCUACGCCGGCGCGCCCAAGGGGGUGCCGCUGCAGCAGACCAUGUUCCGCGACACGCCCGCGCCCUUCCACUGCCAGGCCUGCGGCGAAGCCGCCGUCUCUACCGUCCGGUCGAAGCCGAGCCUGGCAUCUGUUGUGGCCUGCAUGAUGCCCUUCAUGAUGGGGGUCUGCUUCCUAUGCCCUUCGAUGGACUGCCUCUGGCACAAGUACCAUUACUGCCCCAACUGCGGCGAAAAGGUGGGCGAGUUCAGAAAGUCCGACCCGUGCCUCGUGGUCGAUGCGCCCCGGUGGUCCGAGCCAAGCUUCGCCGUGCCUGCGUAGUGCAUACACCACUUGCUAUAAAUGCCAUUACCUUCAAAAUGAUAGAAUGCAUUGCUGUUGUUCUUGUGUAGUCUGUGUAUAAAAGGAUGCAAAACUUUCUUGUUGCAUGCUGUAUAUCCUGUAUGCCUGAAGUGCCGUUGCCCUCUAAUCUCUCUACUACGUUAGAACUGAAUGUCUCGUUUCUUUUGAAUCAGAAUAAACAUGUUACUCUUACAAGUGCAUGACAACACAUGUAAUAUGAGAUAUUUUUUUCGACAACGAACGA